AAGGAAGAAGAAGAAGAAGCUACAAAUACAAAUCAUAUAUGCAUAACUUAACCUCAAAGUAUUGCAAUUUAAUAAAGCGUGUCAAAUUAUUAUCUUCUAAAAAAAAGUCCACCCGGUCUAAUUUUCAUCUUCUUCGUCACAAACCCCCGGUUUAAUUAUUCAUUCAUUUUUAGUACUCGGGAUUUUCAUCCUUUUUCAAAAAUUGGCACAGCGCAGCAGAAAAGGCCGAAGGUGGGUAUCCAGUUGGCGUAAUCAGCUGUGAAUAAAUCAAAAUUACUCAAUUUGUUGGGGUUUUGAAGAAGAAGUUUCCAGAAAGGAAGAAGAACAAUCCAUCAGAUCUAGUGAUCUAGUUUGCUGUAAUACGGAUAUUCUCAGACGGAGGCGGUCUGAUUUUAUCCUCAAAUUUUGGUUUGGAUUCUGAUUUGUGGUAACAUUUGUUGAGGUCCCGUAACAAUGCCUGUUAAAGCUACGUCGUAUAAGGAUCGGACGUUGGAGUUCGAGAACAUUGUUGACAGGCUCCGUAAAUCGUCGCCGGCGGCCUCCUCCUUGCCGCCUUCUCAUGCGCCGAGCAGUAGCCGCGGCGUUGGAGGAUAUGAUGAGAGCUUGCCGUCUCGGGUUGUUCAACAAUCGUCGUCGGCGCGAUCCGGUGCUCCGAAUCAAACCGAAUUUAGCAAGCGAGCUUCCAGAAUUGGUUUAGGAAUCCAUCAGACCUCUCAGAAGCUCUCCAAGCUAGCCAAAUUGGCGAAGACAACAACAUACUUUAAUGAUCCAACAAUUGAGAUCCAAGAGUUGACAGCUGUGAUUAAGGAGGAUAUAUCAGCACUUAACUCGGCUGUAAGAGAUCUACAAAUUCUGUGCGACUCCCAGAAUGAAGCUGGCGUAUCAGCAGAUAAUGCUGCCCAUUCAAUCACGGUUGUUGAUAACUUGAAGAAUAGCUUGAUGACCGCAACAAAAGAGUUUAAAGAAGUACUAACGAAGAGGACAGAGAAGCUCAAGUCUAAUGAAAACAGAAAAAAAAUGUUUUCUACGGUGCCGAAGGAGUCUACCAACCCCUUUGUUCGCCAAAGGCCCUUAGUUAACAAACCUAAUGCUUCUGCUCCUGGCUCGACAAGAUCUCCCCCGUUAUGGGCAAAUGGUGCUGGUUCUUCAUCUGAGUUAUUUCCAAGGAACCAAGCAGAUGGAGAAUCCCAACCUUUGCUUCAACAGCAACAAAACCAACAGCAGCAGUUGGUUCCCUUGCAAGACAAUUACAUGCAAAGCAGAGCUGAAGCCCUUCACAAUGUGGAGUCAACAAUUCAUGAGCUUAGCAAUAUAUUCACUCAGUUGGCAACGAUGGUUUCUCAGCAAGGCGAGCUUGCUAUUAGGUUGGUUGGCGAUCUUGUUGCUACUUUUAGCAUCAGUCCUUGUUUGUUUAUAAUUUUAAGGGUUCGCGUGUCGUAAGCUGUUAAUUUACUUUGGAAGUGAACAUUGCUAUUUUGCUUUGUUUUAAUACGAUCACGUCAUGUGAAAUGCUCAUUGACCACCAAGUCAAGUAUUGCCACACUGGAUUCUUUAGGAGUCAGUUUUCACUUAUAGUGGAAUUCCUUGCUGGAUAACUUUGUUUGAGAGUAUUACUUUUGAGGUUUCUAGAUAGGCUUUCAAAAUCACGCUAUCUGUAACAUUUAAUGGCAUCUUCUUUGGUACUUUGGUCCAGAUUGAUGAGGAAAAGUCUGGGCGGAAUCUCAAUCUUUUGUGUUUUGUGAAUUGCAGAAUCGACGAAAAUGUGGAGGAUACUCUUGCAAAUGUGGAGGGGGCUCAACAGCAGCUGGUUAGGUACCUGAACAGUAUAUCAUCAAACAGAUGGCUGAUGAUCAAGAUAUUCUUUGUAUUGGUUGUGUUCUUGAUGAUUUUCUUAUUCUUUGUUGCUUAGAUGUACAAUAGAAUUCAUCAAUUUCCAUAGAAAGGAAAAAUGUGGUAAAAAUUUGUCUUCCAACUGUGCACUUUGUAUGAUGUUCUGUGUGGGACAAUGAACGUGAAAUUUAUAUGAUGUUUAUAGGCAAGGAACUGACGCACACGCUUAAUGUGACACGAGUUAGGCAUUUGGGUAACUUUUUCUUCCUACUUAGUCCAUUUUAUUGAAUGAAAAGGGUAUAAUAUAAUGGACUAUUAAAAUUCUACAAUCUGGCUCG